UCGACGUCCUCUUCAAAGGACAUGCCGACGAAGGGCAAACCUACUCGCAGACGUCUGGAAAAAAAAAGGGGGGGGGGAAUUCUCGGAAUAAAUUCGCCAAUCGUGCCCACUUACUACUCAAGAAGCACUGGUGUCGGAAUAAACCUCGUACAGAGGAAAGGAAACUCUGAAAAAAUUAUUUGACAGGAAAAAAACAAAAUUCUCCAAACACGUUCAUUCGGUUCUGUUGCAGAUUAUUAGGGUUGUUAAUGUAUUCAAUUGAUCUCAUGGAUUUUCGAUGCAGUUUGACCAGUGAGAAGAAAGAAAAGUCUGUGAGACGAAGGUCAAUAAUCAGUGAACACGUUAUUAAUGCUUCUAAUGUCACUUUAUUAUUAAUGGAGUGCGAAUCGUAUAUUUAGUGGGUUAACGGGUAUUGCAAAAAUCGAAAAAACUACUUGAUUCUAUACCACAGCGUUCUACGCCAGACUAGCCCGAGAAACGCGUGGAGUCACUCGGCUCCCCAGAUCUGAACCCCUACUUUAGUCAAUCCUCUUUCCGCGUGCUGGUGGCGCCGGAAGCUGCCAUUGGAGGGCGCUUGAGGAGGAAACGGACAGCGUAAGAAAGACAGAACACGAAACAACUGUUCCGUUCGUAAUUACAAGACGCAGCAUUUUCCUGGUUAUUCGUCGUGAGCAUUCGGGCUGGACAAAAUUUAGUUCCCCCAUUCCAGAGCAGUGCUUCACUUUCAUUUAUCCAGACAAAUAAAUCAAUCCAAGAUGCCCAACAUCAAGCUUCAGAGUUCAGGCGGUGAGGUGUUCGAAGUUGACGUUGAAAUUGGCAAGUGCUCAGUGACGAUCAAGACUAUCUUUGAGGAUCUUGGUAUGGACGAGGAAGAGGUUGUGCCCCUACCAAAUGUUAACUCAGCCAUACUCAAGAAAGUUAUACAGUGGGCAACGUACCACAAGGACGACCCACCACCACCAGAGGACGACGAGAACAAAGAGAAAAGGACUGAUGACAUCAGUUUCUGGGACGCCGAUUUCUUAACGAGCAGCAUCCGUAAAAAUUCCACCAUCUUGAAUUUUCGAAUUUUCUCUGCUUGUCCAAAAUUUUGA